AUGCCCGGAAUAUCUCCUGUCGUUCUCAUCCUCGGUGCAGGACCUAAAGUCGGCCUCCCAACGGCGAAGGCUUUUGCCUCCAAAGGUUACAAGGUUGCAAUCGCAGCCCGGUCACUGAACGAGGCAGACAGCACAGGCAGUCAGCUUAACAUCAAAAGCGACUUCGCCAACCCCGACGAUGUUGUCAAUGCCUUUGUAAAGGUUAAGAGCGAGCUGGGAAUCCCGAGCGUAGUGAUAUACAACGCCGGCGCCGCGACCUUCCCUUCCCCGGGCGACCCAUUUGGGAUCCCGUUGGACGCUUUCAAGCGAGACAUGACUGUCAACAAUACCAGUGUUUUUGUCGCAGCACAGCAGGCCGUGCUCGGCUUCGCGGAGCUCCCUGCCAAUGCACCAAAGGUAUUCGCGUUUACGGGCAACAUACUAAACGUCAAGCCGCUCCCGCAGUUCCUGGAAUCCGGUGCUGGCAAGUCAGCAUCUGCGCACAUGAUGAUGGCUGCCGCUUCUGAAUACAAAGACAAAGGGUUCAAGUUUUACUAUGUCGAUGAACGAAAGGCAGAUGGCUCAGCUGCUUUUAAGAUUGAUGGAGAGGCACAUGCAAAGCUCUUCUGCGAGCUCGCAGAGGCGAAGACGCAAGGCCCAUGGUUGCAGACCUUUGUCAAGGGCGCUGGAUAUAAGGACUUCGGCCCCUAUCGACUAUAG